CAUUUAUUUAAUUUGUUUAUUACAAAACGCGAAUCAAAUAAUAGCAUUUUCGAUGUCUAAUCUGUAUUUUUUGAGUGAUAAAGAUCCCGUUAUUUUGAAUGUGGGUGGUACCAAGUAUCAAUGCUUAUUUGGCCUAUUUAAAAAUCUCCCCGAAACUAGAUUAAGUCGCAUUUAUGCGGCAAGUACCUGGAAAGAAGCAUCACAACUUUUCGAUCAGUUUGAUGGGGAUCGCAAAGAAUUCUUUUUCGAUCGCCGGUGCGAAUUCUUCGACUCCAUUUUAAAUUGUUAUUACCAAGACAAGAUGCAUUUAGAAGAAACAAUGUGUGCAAUGCGUUUCAAAGAUGAUCUGGAAUAUUGGGGUCUAUCCAUCCUGCAUCUUGAUCACUUCUGCGCUCGCAGAUUUGCAGAAGAAACCAUUCAGGCGGCUUCGGAUGCCAAACUAUGUUCUGAGUCAAUCGGACGUAUCGUAGAGGAGGACUUUUCCAAAUGCGACUGGAAAGACAUCAGACGCAGAAUUUGGCUUAUUUUGGAAAGACCAAUGCGAAGUCCUACAGGAAAGGUGUAUUAUUUUUUGACGUUACUAUUGAAUAUAAUCUGUCUUUGUACCAUCUUUACCGCUUUUAUCUCGACUGCCGGAAUUAGACGCAUAUUAUUAGCUAUCGACAACUGGAUCGUCUUAAUCUUUUUGUUAGAUCUGUUGAUCAGAUUUCUGACAUCUCCGAACAAACAACGAUUUUUCAAUCUUCCUCAGAAUAUGAUGGACCUAAUUUCAAUCAUCCCUUAUUUGAUAGCUAAUGUAUUUCUUCGAAUAGUUAAUUUUCGUUUGUGGAUCGAUGAAAAUCUCGUUCCAGUUCUGUUUUUGACGUUUUUUCGGAUUCCAAGAAUUUUCAGGCUUGGACGCUAUUUUUCAAAUGUCGAAAACAUCAUUCUCACUUAUGCCAGGAGCCUCCCUCAAAUAAUUUCUCUGUUUGUGCUGAUAAUAACCAUCCUCCUCUUCAUUUGUCAGUCUUCAUCUUUUAUCGAGACCGACUUCUGGACAAUCUUUUUCAUAUCCGAACAUCCUAAAUAUCCUAUUCCCAAGACGGCUUGGGGUAAGGCAAUUUGGAUAACACGUGCUGUGAUAGGAUGCCUUCUGAUUGGCAUUCCGUUGAGCGUCAUUUCUAGGAUCUCACUUAUAGUAGUGCAACGUGCUAGGUUUUUGAAUAUUUUGGAAAAAGAAUAUGCCAAUCGACGGAUUGCGAAGGAACGGGAACGGUUUCAAAGUGCGGAAAUGGCCUCUUGUGUCUCAGAUCUACUGGGUAUCGUCAUCCGUCAUCUAUCUUUGGAGAUCGAAAGCGAAGCGGAGGAGGAGUUGGGUACCUGGAGAUACGAUUCGGUCGAUUUUAAACAAUAUGGAGAUCAAACUGAAAUAAAAAGAUCAGCGCGCGUAGUACUUAUGGUGGGAGGAUCCAGGUUCGAAACUAAAUGGGAAUCAUUGAAGACCUUACCAAACUCGCGGCUAGGUCGGGCCGGACAUUCGCAAACUAUCGAUCAGUUGCUGCGUUACUGCAACCGCUAUCAUCCGGAGAAAAACGAAAUUAUCUUCGACCGCCAUCCUAGAUUUUUCGGCAGCAUCCUAAAUCUGUAUCAAACAGGCGAAUUUCACGUGGACAAGGUAUGCAUUGCUGGAUUGAGCGAGGAACUAGUAUUCUGGGGAAUAGAAGAGAUGAGACUAGAACCUUGUUGCCAGAUGAGGUACUUCUUCUUGAAGAAACAGUCCGAAGACUUUUUCGCUCUGAAAGAGAAACUUUUGACAGAUGCGGAUUGGUCCACAAAUAAUGAGCUGCUUCGAGUAAAGAUGUUAAUGCAAAACCCUAAAUUUUUAUGGAUUUUUAAGUUGUAUGGCAUCAUAACCUGCUCUUUGAGUAUCUUGGAUAUCUUUUUGCUCAUUAUUAUUUCCAAAAAAAAUUACCAUUUAUUAGGAAUAAAACGAACUCUUUCUAUUAUUUUCUUUCUCGAAUAUUUUUUGAAACUUUGUGUCUGUUCCGACAAACGACAAUUUUUACUCUCUUUCAUCAAUACAAUAGAGUUGGUGGCAGUGGGACCCUCAUUUCUGGUUUACGGUUCUAGACCAUUUUCCAGUAAUAUCCAACAUCCAGGUCUCACCAUCUGGGACUGUCUGACAGUGUUAAGAGUAAUAAAGUUGAUCAAAUAUUACGGGAGUCCAAAAAUUCUGGCAGUAGUCUUAUUUGCACAAGAUAUCGGCAUGGCUUUCUAUUUGUUCGCUUUAUUAGCAAUGUGCAUCUUCUUUUCUACCCUAAUAUGCAUAAUAGAAACGAAAAGUUCUCUUGUGAAUGUGAAUGCUACACUCUUAGAUACCUUCUGUUUCGCAGUCACUGCUCUUACCAACGUUGGAGGAGAGUAUUUCGUUCCAGAAACUCAUGGGGGGAAACUAGUAGCCGGUUUCUGCUGCGUGACAGGUACAAUUCUUUUGACUUUGCCAAUCUCCUGCAUUGUGGCUGAAUUUGUAAAUCGCUACGGUACCAGCUUCGAUGAGUUCGAAAUAAUAAAAUCUCAGAUUUCUAAAGAGAAAAAAAUUUCCACUGCCACAGUGAAGAUACAUUCAUCCAAGACCGAAACGAUUAAUCCGUCCGAAGCCUGAAAUUACUCAAUCCUCUUACGAAAAUUUCAACUAAAUUUUAGACAAGUUUCCUUAUUUUGGAAUUUUUCGGUAAUAACGAUUUUGAAUCAAGUUUACGCCGAAUAUCAAUCUACAAUAUCAAAUUGAAAAUAAAUAGACUGUUUCAAUGCCAUAUUAAGAAAAAAAAAAUUCUUCAAAACUAAGAAAUCAGUUGUAAUUAUCACGAUAACGAAAGAUAUAAAUAGACAAAAUUAAAAUAAAUAUUUUGUUAAA